AGAUGGCGAGCGGACGUGAAGGCGGGGAGCAGGAGGAGAUAGCAGCUGAAAAGGUGCAAGCGGAGCUAGACAGGAAAGCGCGAGACCUCGUACGGCUAGCGUUGUUCCACGAGCAGCGACGCACAGCACUGAAGAGGGACGAGAUCUCCAAGAAAGUGUUGGGCUCCAAUUCCCGCUCGUUCAACACGGUCUUCGCCGCGGCGAAUGGGAUUCUACGAGACACUUUCGGCAUGGAGCUUGUCGAGCUGCACUCUACAUCCGCAGACAAGGACAUCAGCGAGAAGGACGCGGAGAUGCUCAAAGCGACCGGUGCCAAGAAGAAAGCGACAGCCACCGGCACGAAGAACUACAUCCUCCGCUCUCUGCUAGACGCGGCCCUCAUCGAGAAGGCGUCCGCCCCAGACGCCGAGAUCCGGGAGCUCGAGCAGUCCGAGCACCCCGACGCGAACGAGGAGUUCGCUGAGGACGACAACAAAGUCGGCACGCGCUCCAUCGGGAGCAUCUUUGCUUGGCAGCACGCCGACCAACUCGCGUCCGUCGGCAUUCUCUAUGUGAUUCUUGCCCUCAUCCUCGUAGAAGGGCGCGUCAUAAGCGACAAUGACCUCCGCGCGAUCCUCAAGCGGCUACAGCUCCCCGCGAACGCGCCCAUCCCGCUCAGCAGCCAGACGACGACCCAGAACCAGACGAUCGACGCGCACCUCGCGCAGCUCACACGGCAGGGCUUCCUCGAGAAAGCGCGCGUCGGCAACGGCGCGCGCAAGGGCACGAAGCGCGGGCGCAGCGGGGCGGGCGCCGCGAACGACGACGGCACGCUCGCGGCGUACGAAUGGCGCUGGGGCCCCCGCGCGCUGGCGGAGGUCGGCGAGCGCGCGGUCGCGCAGUUCGUCGCGGAGUUCAUGGCGGCGCGGCCUGGGGAGGACGACGUGGACGAGGAUGCGGUGGGUGCGUCGCAGGAGGAGGGCGUGCAGAAGCGGGUGCAGAUCGUGUUCCGGGGCAUCGAGCGGGCGGCGUCGGGCGCGCCUCUGGCGGACGUGCGGUGACGGAGCUGUACGUCUCAGACAUGGUUAUGGCUCGUUCUCUGUUUUAGUAUUUUCACUAGUAUAGUUGCGCAGUGCUGUACUCUACUGUAUGAGUUUGAUUCAUGAAG